AAUUUUUAUGGUUUGAAAAGAUCGAGGUUACUUAGAUCAAGAUUUAAUUUACCUGAGGCUGUGCCCGAUGCAAAUCAGCAGAGAUUGAGGAAUGUGGAUAUCUGGAGGUCAUUAUUUUUCUUGGUAGGGAUUCCCUAUAUAAAGAUUAAAUUAGAUAAUCUAUAUGAGAAAGUUGGCGGAGGUGCCGGCGCAAGAUUAUUGGAUGAGAUGUUUGCUUCUCGAGAACACGUCCACGGGCAUCUUCAGCAAGGUUAUAUGGGACGUAUACGCCGAUUUUUGCUUCGCGCGUUUAGGGACAUUUACCCGUGGAUGAAUGCUUUGUAUCAUGGGUCGAUUCUGUCGUUUAACAUUUUUUAUUUAUAUGGUAAAACGUUAUAUUAUUCACCAUGGUUAAAAUUGAUGAAGAUUCACAUUCAGCGAAUGAGCCCGCAAGACCGUAACGAACUUUAUAAAAAUCGUUCGCGUCCAUUGUUUAACUUUCAAGGAAUGACGUGGCUCCAAGCCACCAGAUAUCUGCUAGCCACUGUGCUAACUCGAGGCCUUGAUUUUCUUAAAGUAUUGGUACCGAUGUCAAUCUUUUUUUUUAAAUUUUUGGAAUGGUGGUAUUCCAGUGAAUUUUCAAAGCGCAUCGGUGGUAAUAACGAAAUCGAAAUCCCGCCACCUGAAAUAAUACCGCCCGAUCCAAAAGGAAUCCCGCUUCCAGAAUCAAUCAAUAUUUGUCCGAUCUGUAAAAAUGUCCUUACCAACCCGGCGGCAAUUCCGUCUGGAUAUGUGUAUUGCUAUACUUGUAUACAUCGCCAUGUCGAAGAAUUUGGUUGUUGUCCGGUUACCCUGAUAAAAACUACUGUUGAUGAAUUGAGAAGAGUUUAUAACUCGACAGCAUGA